CAGAAUCUGCUGCCUGACCUGGUAGUUGCCAACCCACGACUGUCAGACCUAUGGGAAGCCGCCACGUCAUUUAUUUCCGCCCUCGAAUGGUGCCAGCCAAUCCUCAUCCACGACGACUCACCUCAAGCUCUGCAAUUGGCCCACAUCGCCUCCCGGGAUGACACCUACGAGCCCGUGGGAUUGUCCCUCUCCGCCAGCCUCCCCAGACACCACUUCCAAAAUCGUCUGAGCGGCAUCCUACACACAGUCCGGCGGCUGAUCUUCGUCUCCGGGACUGUGAACUUCGUCAAGGUGGUGUUCAGCCACGGCGAGGACCUUGACAUGUUCAACGGGGAGUACAUCUGGAUCCUCCUCGACGUCCCUCUGCCAGGAAACUUGUCUGAGUCCCUACGGCCCGGCCUCCUCAGUCUUCGGCCGGACUUCCUGAGAACCCCCAAGAAACAGUUGCUUAUAAACUUUGUUAAAUCGUCAGUAUCUGUGAUAUCGGAGUUUUUCAAAGAAACCACCGUGGCCUCGUCAGCGUUGCUGGCGACGUCAGCGCCUGUACUGUGUCAAGUGCCUUACAGAAAUCUGUCCACCAGUCAGUUUGAAUUACACAGACAACUUAAAGAGAAACUCGCAUCAAGCAGAUUAUCUCAGAGAUCCUUACCGGGUCUGACUCCUUUUUUCUACGUGGAGAAUCUCGUACCCAAGAAAAUAGGUGUGGGUGCCCAGUGGACGAGGGUGGGCUACGUCAAUGGGUCUCAGGUACAGAUCAACGCUAUCUUCUGGCCUGGGAGAGGGUACAAGGGUGUGUCAGAGCAGAACAAGAGAAUGAGGGUGGCUUUGGCUGAGGCUCCUCCCUUCGUAAUGACGUCGCAUCUCAUCGAGAAUGCCACCUGUCUGACGGGGGUGAUAUGCCUCAGGGUGUUCUCAGAGGAGGUGGCCGCAACCUUCGCUGACAUGGAGAGGGAAGUCGUGAACGCCUCCAGGGGCUACGAGGUCGUCUGCUGCAGUGGCCUGGCUGUUGACCUUAUGAUCAACGUCGCUACUGACCUUGAGAUCGAGCUACAGGUGUACUUGGUGAUGGACGGUACCUUUGGCGCCCCUCGUAGCACUGGGUGGACAGGGAUCGUGGGAGAUCUGCUAGACGGCUCGGCGGAUCUGUCCUUCGCCCCUCUGUCCGUCACAGCACAGAGAGCAAGGCAUCUCGAUUUUUCUGACCCAUAUUUCUUCUCCUCCAUGUCGAUGUUGUCCUCUACCAAGCAGAUGGAAGUUCCUCUCCUGGCGUUCCUGAUCCCCUUCAGUCCGGACUUAUGGAUCGCUAUCUUCGUGUCCCUCAACAUCACAGCCUUCAGCGUGGCCGUGUAUGAGUGGCUUAGUCCCUUCGGCCUCAACCCCUGGGGGCGUCAGAGGUCCAAGAACUUCAGCUACGGCUCUGCUCUCUGGGUCAUAUGGGGUCUACUCUUCUCCCAUCUGGUCGCCUUUAAAGCCCCUAAGUCGUGGCCCAACAAGGUACUAAUUAACGUGUGGGGAGCCUUCAGCGUGAUCUUCGUCGCCUCCUACACCGCCAACAUAGCUGCUCUCUUCGCUGGCCUAUUUCAGACUCGUGACCUACACAACAGGAAGUUGAUGUCCCAGAGGAUAGGGGCGUUACGAGCCAGUUCAGUUGAGUAUUACGUGUCCAAGAUCAACCCCGAGCUCUGGGCAUACAUGAGGCCACACCUCUUCGACAACUACACCCACGGCCUCAACAACCUCCAUACCGGGAGGCUAGACCUGAUGGUAGGAGACUCAGCAGUGCUUGACUACCUAAGAGCUAAUGACCCGGGCUGCACCUUGGCCGCCUUUGGUGAGGAUCUCGUCUCGGACACCUUCUCUGUCGCUAUGGGUAAAGGCUUCCCCCUCAAGGUAAAAAUCAACACCAUCUUGGCCAGGUAUCUCGCCUCAGGACACCUGGAUCACCUCAAACACAAAUGGUACGGAGAACUCCCUUGUUUCCGGGUCUCCGCUGACAUCUACAAACCCCAAGCCCUGGAGAUCAGUACCGUAGGAGGAGUCUUCUUGAUGCUCACGCUGGGGAUUGGUAUAGGAUUCUUCUUGUUGAUCCUAGAGCAUGUGGUCUACCGUUACGCCCUGCCCUCCCUCAGAACCAAACCUAAGGCGUCCUUUUGGAGGAAUAGGAAUCUUAUGUUCUUCAGUCAGAAGCUGUACAAGUUCAUCAACUGUGUGGAGUUGGUCUCACCUCAUCACUCAGCUAAGGAACUGGCCAACAACCUCAGGACAGGACAGAUCAUGGGACUCUUCCAGAAGUCUGUUAAAAGGAAGGAGAACGAACAGAGACGAAGGAGGAAGAGUAAAGCUCAGUUCUUCGAGAUGAUUCAGGAGAUUAGAAGAGUACAAAAGGCCGAGAAGGAGGAGGUGUUGCCUGUGUCGACCACCACCAUCGGGACAGAAGGAUCCAAGAAGAGAGGUUCGACCCCUUCCCACCACAUGCCAGAGUUGACCCCAGCUCCCCCUUCACCCUUCUCCACCACCACCCUCUCCCCAGCACCCAUCACCAUCGACUACAUCCCCGGCCCCGACCCUCGCGAGGACUCUGAGGGCAUCAUUGUGGUCAACAGUUCCCUCCCUUUGGACCCCUCAGAGGUUGACCUCACCAACAGAUACGUCCAAGAAGAAGAGGUCAAGGAGGAGUAUUCAGGCUCAGGGAUCCUUAUUCUUCGGGUUAGUGAUCCUGAAGAACUGUUCGAGGUCAAUAAUCUCAACCAACAGCUGGAGGAGACUCAGGCGUACAGGGCAGCGGUGGCUGAGGGCGGCGUGCUGAGGGAGUGUGAGGUGUGCUCUUGUUCUAUACAGGACGGAGGCAGCACCCGUCGCAAGGCAUCAGGAGGCUGUCUCAACUGUCUACAGCGACAGGACAGCACCAGACAGGCACACAAGAAUGCAGACGGCAGCUGUUUUCCCUGCAGCGGAGCCUCCAGUUUAAGAGAGAGCACCUUAGGUGAACCGUACCCAGUCAUAGCCGGCACAGCCAAUGGCCUCCGUCACAGAGGAAGCGUCGCUAACCCUUUGCUGCAGCUCUCCUCCCCUUCACUCCGUACUACAACUGUCCCGUCUGUCUUAGUACCUUCCCCGGGCCUCCCACGCACCUCGGAGACCUCUGAAGACCUCGUUUGGAACACCAGAUCCUUGGAGGACAUGGAGGCCAUCGCUGUGGAAGCUUCAGGAGAGAGGAGCUAUGAGGGAGUGCGUCUGGUGCCACUCUCACAGCAGUCAGCCCUCAGGUCGUCUGGGUCACUACAGCUGGUGGCCGCCCUCUCCCCCGGUCGAGAACGGGUGAACUCUGAUCACCUACGCCACGUGACCAAGGCGGACCUGUGGCAGCUGUGGCAGGACUCUGAGAGAGAACUCAGGACACGGCUCCGUCAGGCAGAGUCCCAGCGAGAUGCUCUCCUCCGGCAGCUGUCCAGGUUACCUCCUCGUCGUGAGCGGCCGCCCCAGCCAGAAGUGCCCAGUGAGGAGUGGGAGAGGAGGUCUUUGGGGGACCUGGUGGGGCAGGACAUCCCAGUAGAGGUCGCCACCGUGGAGCAGUGUGAGGCCAGGAAACACAGUCUCCCUGCCGGCGACCCGAGAGUGUCUGGCGGCAGGCGAGUAGAGGACAAGAGUGACAUACACAGACAGAGGUUACCGAGACCGAGUAACAGAGAGAAAAAAGUGGAUGAAGUGAGACUAAAGAUAGUCAAAAGGGACGUCUCCACCACGCCCAAGAAGAGAAAACGACAGAGAUCAAGGUCACAGGAUCAUCUGGACGCCAGGAAGAGUCAGGAUUCCUCAGAGGACGGAGUACAAUAUCGCAGACCCGAGGACCGAGUCAUCCACCCAAAAUACCCCAGCAGGAGAAAGCGAGACAGGAGCCAAGACCGCAGGAGAGGAUCUGAGGACUUGGACAUCACCCCAAGACAACGAGCAAAGAGCCACCGUUUAGGCGAAUCUGUGAUAGAGAGAACGGGUCCAGCGGAGUCCAUCAGCGGGUACUGUUCUACACCACUCCCGCUACUUCAUUCUCUGCAUCAACAAACUAUAGGCGACACAGAGAGGAGUUUCGUUCCUAUGCCGCCUAUGCCGCUAGACAGAAGAGAAGAGAGAAUACAGUUCGAGACUUACAGCGAACAGAUACACAUGCAGACCUUCUGUGCCGAGGGUCGAGGGAAGGGCUGUGAUACUGACGACCUCCGUGACGACGGUGAGCGCCACAAGAAACUGGAGGAGGAGAAGCUGCCGCCGAGAAGAAGGAGAACACCAUACCACUCAGCGAGCGGCCACCCAGAGGGCCAACACCGGAGGCCGAAGGAGCGACACUCGUCACGUGACCUGUCAGACGGUAGACACAGGUGAGACUGGUCCCAGACUGGUGACAGUCAGCAGCAAGACGCCAGGGAUACUAGUGGCCCAUUCUCAGGUAGCCAGAGGCAGCGCUGGGCUACAAGACGGACCUCAUAUGAAAGCUCAUCCCUUCAGGGAGACAAUAAAUACAAGCAGCAACAACUUCAGGAGCUGGGCGAGCACUGUAGAGCACACCACACCCCACACACUACUCCCUGCCCCUUACAUGAUACUUGUACCAUAAAAGAGCGCCAGUGCAGGCACAAGACGGGCGAACAUUCGUCCAGCGGAGCUUCCAUGUGCGUGACAUUGCGGAAUCGAAGAGCAUGCCAGACAUUGUUGAGUGCUCGUGGUAGCUCUUCUUUUAUGGUAUAGGUGUACGGAGUAAGAAGUCUUGGAGACCUAAGGCAGGGAGGUGAGCUCUGCCAGCCAGCCCCAGGAGUGACCUGCUGCUUCUCUCGUUCCUCUCUCUCACACACACACACGUCGCAGAAAGACACUAAACCAUCACUGUCAGUCAAGAACUGCUCAUCCUUGUUCCCUACAUCUCUCUCCAUCUCCCAUCACGUUUAUCUUGUUAAGGCUGAAGCAGUGAGUGCGAGUGUGCUUGUUUCUUACUGCCGCUGUGACACAGUUCAUCAUUUUUGCUUUGAAACUAGCGACUUGUUCUGCCAUAAUUAUCAAUUGUCCAGUUGUACAUACAUGUUGGGAAUAAAAUGCGCUUACUUUGAAUCACUUUGAUUUGUGCUUUUUAGGCGGUAUUGUUCGUGGUGAUUUACUAACACCAGCAGUUGUUAUAAGAGUUUGUUGACGCUUGUGUGUCACUUGUGAGAACAUUGUCGAGUACUGUCUAGUGGAGUCAUUAUUGUGGUGACUUUCUUUACUUUUUAUCCACUUUCUCUGAGGAUAUAAAACACAUGAACUCUCUUCGCUGUUUCCUUGAUAAUGAGUUUUUGUAAGUGACUCUGUUUGGUUAGAGCCACGAGGCCACACAGCUUUUGUACAUAACAUAAUGUAUCUUACAGCAGCAUCAGUGACUUAGCUACAGUACAGUAGGUUGAGAAAAAUGGCUUCCUAAAUUAUGAAACAAGAGCUGGUGUUCUGUUUCACUCGGUCGUUCCUCUGAUCUCUGACAUAGUAAUUGUUUGUGUUUAAAAAGUUUCAAUUUGUAGCGAUGAUGAGUCAAAUAUUAUCAUUUCUCGUGUGUUGUUAUUGUACUGCUCGUCAACUUACACUUCUUGGUCAUAUAUUCCUAUUACCUUCUGUAUGUUAUCUUUAGUUAAUAAGUACUAUAAUUUUCCUGAGUGAUAGUUACUAAAAUUCUCGCCUAGAGUAUAAUAUAGACUCAUAAUCAAAUAAUGUACAUAGAAAUUUCCAAAAAAAAAGAAGAAAAAAACACAGUAUUUUGCUCUAAAUACUUGAUGAAAGAGGGACAUGGUAAUUUGUAUAGCAAGCAAAAACUUUAACAAGCUUCCUGUGACUAAUGUAUAACGCACAUACUGUUUUAUAAUAGUGAUAAUACUUUACGAGACUAAACCUUAAUGUUCUCUAUACAUAGUGAACUAGUGCCGUACUCUCUAUCUUUUUUAUAGCAAGAUAAUCCUAUGCCACACAAGACCGUCUGGUUCUGUGAAGGGGUGGGCCUGUCUCCCUCAUAUCCCUGAACCCAGAUGGAGAGAAAAUAUUUGAAAGAAGAAUCAAAAGUUUUUAACAGGGAUGUACAUAGGAGGGUGUCGACGUGUGGGGGAGGAAGUGUCGACGUGU